AAACGCUCAAUUUCAUAGACAGGAAGUAAUUCGGGUUGCUGUCCUUCACCUUCGUUUUUUAAUAACAAACUCCACAUUCAAGAUGCAUUAACAUGAAUUGCCCGAUCUAAAUAACACAAAAUCACGUGACACGUCCAGUUGUGAUUUCGUUUAGACAAAGUUAAUAAAAGUCACUUUUUAGGUAAACAUUACAUCAGAUAUGUCUCCUCUGGUAGGCGCUGAGCUCGCGCGCACGCCGACGCAGCUGUACCGGUAUCUGCUGCGCUGCUGUAGACUGCUGCCAUCAACUGCCAUGCAAACACACUAUAAACAUGCCAUCAGACAGAGCUACAAUAGUCAUGCAGACGAGGACGACCCUGAGAGGAUUCAGAUGAUGAUUCAAAGAGCUAUAUCUGAUGCAGACUGGAUAUUAAAUAAAUACACUAAAAAGAAAUGACCACCGUGGAGGAAUAGUGGAGAGUGAUUGAAGAUGCUGCAGAGGGAGGAUGCACGGUCAAAUAGCAUACCCACACACGGAUCAACAAAUCUGCUUAUCUACAAUAAAAAGAAGUGCAAAAAAUAGUGCUUAACCUCUUUACAACCAUUAACCAUAUAACCAUACAAUUACACUCACCUAAAGGAUUAUUAGGAACACCAUACUAAUACGGUGUUUGACCCCCUUUCGCCUUCAGAACUGCCUUAAUUCUACGUGGCAUUGAUUCAACAAGGUGCUGAAAGCAUUCUUUAGAAAUGUUGGCCCAUAUUGAUAGGAUAGCAUCUUGCAGUUGAUGGAGAUUUGUGGGAUGCACAUCCAGGGCACGAAGCUCCCGUUCCACCACAUCCCAAAGAUGUUCUAUCGGGUUGAGAUCUGGUGACUGUGGGGGCCAUUCUAGUACAGUGAACUCAUUGUCAUGUUCAAGAAACCAAUUUGAAAUGAUUCGAGCUUUGUGACAUGGUGCAUUAUCCUGCUGGAAGUAGCCAUUAGAGGAUGGGUACAUGGUGGUCAUAAAGGGAUGGACAUGGUCAGAAACAAUGCUCAGGUAGGCCGUGGCAUUUAAACGAUGCCCAAUUGGCACUAAGGGGCCUAAAGUGUGCCAAGAAAACAUCCCCCACACCAUUACACCACCACCACCAGCCUGCACAGUGGUAACAAGGCAUGAUGGAUCCAUGUUCUCAUUCUGUUUACGCCAAAUUCUGACUCUACCAUUUGAAUGUCUCAACAGAAAUCGAGACUCAUCAGACCAGGCAACAUUUUUCCAGUCUUCAACUGUCCAAUUUUGGUGAGCUCGUGCAAAUUGUAGCCUCUUUUUCCUAUUUGUAGUGGAGAUGAGUGGUACCCGGUGGGGUCUUCUGCUGUUGUAGCCCAUCUGCCUCAAGGUUGUGCGUGUUGUGGCUUCACAAAUGCUUUGCUGCAUACCUCGGUUGUAACGAGUGGUUAUUUCAGUCAAAGUUGCUCUUCUAUCAGCUUGAAUCAGUCAGCCCAUUCUCCUCUGACCUCUAGCAUCAACAAGGCAUUUUCGCCCACAGGACUGCCGCAUACUGGAUGUUUUUCCCUUUUCACACCAUUCUUUGUAAACCCUAGAAAUGGUUGUGCGUGAAAAUCCCAGUAACUGAGCAGAUUGUGAAAUACUCAGACCGGCCCGUCUGGCACCAACAACCAUGCCACGCUCAAAAUUGCUUAAAUCACCUUUCUUUCCCAUUCUGACAUUCAGUUUGGAGUUCAGGAGAUUGUCUUGACCAGGACCACACCCCUAAAUGCAUUGAAGCAACUGCCAUGUGAUUGGUUGAUUAGAUAAUUGCAUUAAUGAGAAAUUGAACAGGUGUUCCUAAUAAUCCUUUAGGUGAGUGUAUGUGCCAGUUACUACCCAAAGCAGUCUGAUCUGCUAUCUAGAUUCUGAAAACAACACAGUUGUCAAUGACAUGUACACAAAAUUAUUUUUUUUACUUAAAUGUAAUGUUUAGAAUGAAAAUAAUAUGGCAGGUUCACGCUCAUAAAUUUGUGUUUUAGUCCCUGGUCCCUGUUUCAUUAGACAGAGAUUUUUUUAUCAGGCCACUGGAUACAGAGGUGUCGCAGGAACGUGUUACAUAUGGGUGUUAAAUACAUGUGUUGUUAUGUUACCUUGCAAACACAUAAAAAUUGUUAUUGAAGUAAAGUCAGGUAGGCCUACCUGCAUUUUAAUUUUGUGUGAUCAUCUACCCCAUUACAUUUGAUGAUACAAAGGGAGAUUUAGAUUUAAGAUAAGGAAGGGCAGAAUUCACUUCAAAGUUCACUUAAUUAUUAAAUUAUCACAUAAUGUAACAAGUACAAAUUCUCAAAACUUUUGCAAGUGUGCAGUCAUCUCGAAAUAUGGAUUUAACAAUAUGUUAAAACCUAACCACCAGCAUGUGCCUUGAUUUACAUUUUGAACAUGUUAAAUAAUAUUUUUCCUUUAGAACUGAUAAAGGCAUUCAGAAAUAAAAGUGAUUGUGUCUCAUUAAACAUAUGUGUUCCAGAAAGCAAUUAAAGUCGGUAUAGAUUCCAAAAAGAAAAAAGGACAUCAGGCUUCUUAGUUCUGGUAUGUAUUUGAGCAAUUCAUGAAUGUCUUAUGAACAGUGGAGUAAUAGAGGAGUAGUUUUUUUAUGUUUCCCCCAAGCUAUAACAUUUCCUGCUGAGCUAAACAAGACCACAUAUUAUAAUGACUUGAGAAAAAAAGCAAUCAGUGGGGGACAAAACAGAUUACACAUAGUAAUAUUGGUUUGGCACAUGAGUAAACUGUGUUGCUAAAAUGACUGUAACCAGGCUUUUCAAUAAUACACCUUUUUUAGGCUUUCAGUAUUUCUAAAUUUACUUUGUUGUAAAUGUGAAAAAAUAAGAUCGGUGGUAUAUAUUCAGAGAGAAUGUUAUUAGAAUGUUUGUUCAACAUUUAAAGUGUCAAAUAAUUUUUUAUAAUUUCACCAACAGCAUUUAUAAUUGUUUAGAUAGAACUUAAUAAUAAUUUUGUAAAUGAUUCUUUUAAAACAAACAUCUUCUUGAAUCUAAUGGUGUA